AGCGCCGGGCCGUCAUCGCUGCGCGCCGGCGGGCGGAGGCGGGGCGGGCGGCGAUGGCGGCGGCGGCGGCGGGCGGCGCGGAGCGGUACUUUACGCGCUGGUACAAGCCAGACGUGAAGGGGCGGCCGUGCGAGGACUUCUGCGUGCUGCAGCACUCCAACAGAAUCUGUGUCAUCACCUUGGCAGAAGCCCAUCCUCUUCUUCAAAAUGGGAAAACAAUUACAAGCGUUAAUUACCAAAUCAGUGCCAGCUGUAGCAGGCUCCAGAAUAAGGUCUCUGGGAAGUCAAAAAGGGGAGCUCAGUUUUUAACAGAACUUGCCCCUCUGUGCAGGAUAUCUUCAUCAGAUGGAGAGGAAUACACCAUUUAUAGUUGUAUACGAGGGCGUCUGAUAGAAGUGAAUGAAAACAUUCUUAACAACCCAGCUAUUCUGCAAGAAAAGUCUUGCGUUUUAGCCAUCAACCGAAGGAUACAUCGCAGUGGUUCUACCCAAAUUUGAAGAAAGCAAGAGCAUAACUCAAGGACUUCUGACGCGGAAGGAGUACGAGGAAGUAUUGUUGAAACGUCUUAAUUCUUCUUCAUGAAAUGAAUUAUACAGGUAUCAUCUGUAUUCGAUACUAAAUAAGCUACUACUUUUGCACAUUGUAACUGUCAUGGUAUUGAAAGGCCUAGUGUCUGUUUUUAAAAGUGGAAUUUAAUCACUUGUUUCAUACAAGAAUAAACCAGUUCAGAUAGUUUGUAUAUUAAA